AUGAAUGUGUAUACGGUUAGACCAAAAGCUUUAGACUCAGAACAGGAGAAGGAGUUGCUUCAUUUACUCAAUGUGCCUAAAUAUAAAGUUGUUAAAGUGUUCUCUUGGUGGAUAGCUUGGAAAUAUCUAUAUAUGGGUUUACUUAAGCUCAACAUUGAUGGAGCAUCUAAGGGCAAUCCUGGUGAGUCAGGAGGUUGGACAAUACUACGCAAUUCAAGGGGUCAAUUGGUCCUAGUUGGUUCCUAUUUGUAUGGCAUAUGCAUGAACAUGGAGGCAAAAAUUAAGGCCUUGCGCAGUGAUCUUCAUCUUUUACGAGAAUAUGGCCUCCAAGAUUACGAGAUAAUUAUUGAGACAUAUUCUAAGUUACAAGUGGAUAUGGUCAAUCAGAGAAGCAAGGCAUCAUGGAAAUUGUGGAGUCUUUUAGGGAAAAUAUUCUCUACGCUUAGGCAUUUUAACUUUCAUUUGCAGCAAACAUAUAGGUAA